UGGAGGUACCUGGCUAAAAUAUCAAUGUACGUAGGGCCAUGUGAAAGAAAGACCAUUCAACUUACGGGUAGCUACUUCAUACCUCAAGCCUCCAAAACGGAUUUCGUUGACGACACUGCCGUGCGCCGGCGUUGCCGGGCCCAUGAGCCGUUCCCUGGUUGAAGGCGAUGGACACUCUCUGGGAGAAGAAAGCGUAUCUUUGUCGUCCAGUCGACCGCCACGAUCGCUGGACGAUUUCCUGGAACUAGCGUCCCGUCCGGCCCCACACACGCCCCCGCCAUACCGCUAUUGGCUUAUCUUUUUAAGCCUAGGAUUGGCAAACAGUUCGGACGCUUCCGAAAUUUUGUGCUUGUCGUACAUUCUGUCGGAGAAAAGAUUCGAGGAUGUCAUUUUACACGACGAGGCGUGGCGGAAAAGUUUGUUGGCUGCUGCCGUCUUUUUGGGAAUGCUGAUGGGGGGUCUCUUUGUGGGAGCCUUGGGCGAUUGGCAUGGCCGUCGACCAAUGUUGUUGGUCGGGUUAACGACCAACUCCGUGGCGGGGCUCUUGUCGGCUUUGGCAACGGACGCAAUUUCUCUUAGCGCGUUGCGGUUGGUGGCUGGUAUAGGUAUUGGUGCUACAGUACCACCGUUGUUCACCUUGUGUAGUGAACUGGCGCCCCCGGCCGACCGCGGCUUUUGGGUUACGGUCGCAGCUAGCUUUUGGAUGGUUGGUAGCAUUUAUGUGGCUAUUAUAGGCUGGACUCUGUUGGGCAAUGGAGCUUCUUGGAGAGUUUUUGCGGCUGCCUGUGCGCUACCGUCAGCAUUUGGAUGCGUCAUGGUCUACCGCUUCGUUCCUGAGAGUCCACGUUUCUUGGCCAUGCGAGGAGACCACGAGCGGGCAGUAGCCGUGGCGCAAUACUUGGCCGACUCUAUGAACUACGUUGGGUCUCGCUUGCGACAGGAAGAACUGCUUGAAUAUUAUCCGCGACACGCUGGAGAUACAGAACGUCGGUUCCCUGGCGAUGUCUCGUGUUGGCAUCAGAUUACCAAAGCAUUUACGACCUUUGCGGUUUCCGUUACCCAACUCUACAAACCACAACUCCAGAAAACAACCUGGCCGUUACAGAUGGUUUGGUUUAGUCUCUCAUUCGGUAGCUACGGACUUUUGACCUGGAUCAAUACGCUUUUUGUCGAAGUGCACCUGGAAAAUCUGUACCUGAACUCGUUGCUCUUUGCGCUGUCAAAUUUACCCGGAAAUCUUCUUUCGGCCUGGUUGCUCGAUCGGACGGGGCGAGCGACGCUACUAGUAGGUAGCGUGAUUGCGGCGGCCCUUUCCCUCUUGGCCUUCGCCUACGUGGCAGCACAGGAAGCCAGUGACUCUCCAUCAGUGUCCAAAUCCUGGAUUAUUGUAGCUGCCUGCUCCUUUCAAUGCUUUACGAUUACGGCGUGGAAUUCGAUUGACGUCAUGACGUCAGAACUUUUUCCGACGACAGUCCGGUCAACUGGAAUGGGACUUUGUGCAGCGUCCGGUCGAGUUGGGGCAAUGCUUGCACAACUGGUCAAUGGAGCCUUGGUGCAAAAUCCGACGCGGCUUUUGAUCGUGGCCGCUAUUACUUUAUUGAUGGGAGCACUCACCCCAGCUUUACUGCCGGGGGGUGAUCAGACAGGGAUGGCAAUGCUUGAUCGGGUUGCGGUUGUGCAUGAGGACAAUGACGAAGACAGUGUUCUGGAUGUUUCAUUGCGAGAUCGUGUGGUACUGCAAUCUCGGCAGAAUCAAAAACACAACGAGCACGGCUAUAAUCUGGUAGAUUCGGUUGUAUCGCGACAAGCACAUCGAUCGACUUCAAUGGUAGAGUGAUUGAAUAUAAGGAUUUUCAUAGCAAUCCCGAACGCGUGGACUUUAACCACUUUGCCCUCCGGGGUAUACUGAAUCCUAACCAUGUGACUCAGAUAGUC